AUGGUGUUGGAAGAUAUAAUAGUCAAACAGGAAGUGUCGAUUCACAAGGAAAAUGAUCUUGAAAGGGUUGUUUGGUUGAGCGAACCGGAUUCAGAGGACGCCAAACCGUCAGAUUCUGAACCUACACUUGAAGUCAAAGUAGAAAUGAACGAUUCCGAUGGCAGUACGGAAAGUGAUAAACCAGUCACCCGAAAGAAACGGAGAGUAGUGGUCAACAAAUCAACGACUACCGGUAAAAAAGCAUUUAGCCGAAGGUCGGAAAGUCAAGAACAGAGAAUCACAAGAUACAAUGAUGAGAAUCGGAAAAUUUCUGAAUUUUUCAAAAUGAAUUGCGAGUUCUGUUCGGAAACUCUUGAUACCUUUGGCCGACUACAAACGCACUGUCGAAAGGUUCACAACGAAAGGGCAGGAGUGAAAUGCUGCGAUCGUACCUUCUACGUUAAAUACCGAAUCAUUGAACAUAUAAAUUCACAUCAAAAUCCGAAGCGGUUUCACUGUGAAAUUUGUAACCGUUACUACCACAGCAAAGAAUAUCUGGAAUUGCACAACAUGAAAAAACACGGAAACGCUGCGGAGAAACCUUUCGAUUGCGACAAAUGCAGUAAAAGCUUCCAUAGACAGUGCUUAUUGAACGCCCACCUGAAAACUCACAUCCAAGCGGAAUGCUCCGUUUGUCACAAGAUGUUGGCCAAUGUUUACUCUUUAAAAAUGCACAUGCUAAGGCACACCGAUAAUGUGAAACACAUUUGCGACACUUGCGGGCUGGAAUUCCGCUCUAAGGAGUCGAUUGAACGACACAUCAAACGCCAUAUGGGUAUUAAUCCGGUCGAACGCCUUCAGUGCCACAUCUGCAGCCGUUGGGUCGCCGGAAAGCGCAAUCUCAAAAUUCACCUGCGAACGGUUCAUUGUGAUAAAAAUCAGGAGUUUUCUUGUGACAUCUGCUCCCAGAAGUACCGCAAUGAGCGGUCCUUGAGUGUUCACAAGGGUCGGGUUCAUGUGGAGAAAAAGUACGAGUGUGAGUUUUGCGGGAAAAAGUUCAAAAGAAGUAUAAACUGGAAGGAACACAGGGCUUCGCACACCGGCGAGACGCUGUAUUCGUGUGAUGUGUGCGGUAUGACUAGCAAUUCUAACGGUAAUCUUUACUCGCACAAGAAGAACAAACAUCCGGUCGAAUGGUUGAAGGCGAAAAAGAAAUCAAUGGAAGCGGAUUAUGGUAGAACAUCCUUGCAAUAG